UUUUGAAGCCCUCUGUCCUGGCGUCCUGCACCCCUCCACUCCACUUUCUUUCUUUCUCCUCCUUCCACUCACACUCCCUCCAGAGUGGGACUCUUCCUCGACAGGCUCCUGUCAGGUCCGCAGCAUCAGUCUUUUGGGAGCUCCCUAGAAGCCAGAAACCAUGCUGACGUUUUUGGCGCUGGCGUCGGUUGUCCUCCUGGGAAUAGUACCUGAGCAGUCCCAGGCUAUAGUGAUUUACACUGGCUGGGAGCGUCACGCCCUCUUGGGCUCCGACAUCCGGCUGUCCUGUUCCUUUUUCUCCUGGCGCUGGACCUCGGAGGACGUCACCUUCUCCUGGACAUACAGGCCUGAUGGCUCCCGGGACAGCAUUUCUAUCUUCCACUACACCGGUGGUGUUCCCUACGUGGACAACAAGGGCCCAUUCAGGGACCGGCUGGAGUUCGUGGGAAACCCAAGCCGCCGUGAUGGCUCCAUCUUGAUCAAGAACCUGGACUUCAACGACAAUGGCACCUUCACCUGCGACGCCAAGAACCCCCCUGACAUAGUGGGCCGGCCUUCCAGCGUCCGCCUGCUGGUCUUUGAGAAGGUGCCCAUCCAGGCUGGCGUGAUCACUGGGGCCAUCAUCGGGGUGGUGCUGGGCCUGCUGGUGCUCAUCGUGGUCAUCUACUACCUGAUGAGGUUCCUGGUGGCGCGCCGUGUCUUCAGCCUCAGUGUCAGCAAACAUGGCAAGAAAAAGAAAGAGGGAUCACAGCAGAGACAGAUAAAGGUCUGACUUCUCCAUGACUGCCUCCACUCCUCUAGUCUGCUCCCUCCUUUACUACCCAGCCUGAUGCAACCCCCAUUAUUUCCCAUUAUCUCCUCUCUUUCAAGACAGCACUGGCUGUAAGAAUAGUCCUACUAUAUCAGUGGCAACAGCGUCAAAUAAUUUUUACAACGGCUGAUUGGAGACUCUGUAUGCACUCAUUGGGCAAACUGUAAAACUGUUUAAGGCCUAACAACGCACAUAACUUCCUUAAGAGGAACCCGAAAGACAUCCCUCUGUGUUUAGAGUCCCCUGAAUCUUCCCCCUUAAUGUUUACGACUCAAUCACACACACUGAGCGGAGCUGUGAGUGCACUCUGGACUUCAGAUAGAGAAAAAGAGAGACAGAGACGGAGAGGAGAGUGAUAGUGGGAGAGAAAUAUGAUUCCUGCUCUCAGCCGGCGUAGAUAGAGGUUCAAGCCCUCGAGCUCGGGGUGAUUCAAUCCUCUCACAUUUGAGCUAAUGGAGGUUGUCGCCGUGUCCCUGCCCUGGCUAAAGGGGGCUAUUUCUGGCCCUAUAAGUGCGUACGGGCUUACUGUAACAGCUGCACAUUUUUCAGCUAACAGGGGAGGGGGAGCGAUAAAGAAAGAGGUGAGCAGGGUGGAUGGGGGUGGGGGGGUGCCCGCUGAGCUGUUUGUGCCUGAGUGCAUGAGGCUGUCCGCUGUUGACUUGACGGCCGUCGACUGACGACCUGGAAUGACGUCACGGCCCGGAGGGCUGACGGAUGCUCUCAGGAGUCUUGACAAAAGGGGCUUACCAGGAAGAGGUGCAGCUUCUGUGCUCUCAGAGUUAUUUUAGGUCCAGUUAAUCCGCUUGCACGUUUCUCCUCGCCAACCCAGGGCUAAUUAUUUUAGCACGUGCUGGUAACGAGAUAUCUCUCUCUCCAUCUUCCUCUCUCCCUCCCUCCCUGCCUCCUCUGCUGUCUUCACUCCUUUGUUAUUCACUCUUCAUCUCUGCUCCCAUCUUGGGAUUCAUCUCCUCCCUCCAAACCCUUGUUUCGUUCUCUCUGUCCUUACGUCUUUGGCUUCCUUUAUCUCUUCCUCUUCCUGUCUUCUAGUGACUGUGCACUGCAUUAUUCCCCCACAGAAAAGGCCUAUACACAAUCCACUCCACUCUUUAAGCCUCUCCUUAUCUGACUGCCAGGCCUACAGCUCAAUGCUCUGCUCCUCUUUCCUCUCUCUUCUGUCCUUCCUACUCCUCGUCCUUCUUCUUCUCUUUCUCAAACUCGAUGACGGACAUCUCUCUCCCCUCCCUCCGGCUUGCCCAAUGAUCGACAAACGCCCUCUCGCUUGCCCUUCAAAGUGCCACCUCCCCCAAAGGCAUGUUCCCCUGCCAGCCCGCCUUCCCUUCUUCCUCCGACCCUUUACUGUCUUGUUUCUGCUGGUUCGAAUGCCAAAAUGCUCUCCUCUGCCCCUCACUGGCAAAGGACGGAAACACAUGGGCAGAAAUCCGCCUUUAGUUCUCACUGAAGACGCCAAACAUAUAUAAUCUAGCUAGCUCUCUUCCGGUCGCAAAUACGACGCGUGUUUUAUGUAUAUGUGUGUUUAAAAAUGAAGAUUUGAUAUAAAGCAAAAAAAAUAAAAACAGUACGUCACCCUAAGUUAAGCAAAUAAUGUUUUCUGAGACAUUUUUUACAUGUGUACAAAAAGAAAACACAUGGAGAACAUGUUUAUCAAGACAGGGAGGAAAUGUAAUUGUAUUCAGUUGAAUAUGUCAUUAUAUUUCUGACCUUGUGUGUUAUGUAAGGUACUGUGUGGCUGUCUCUCUGGUGCACAUUUUAUUCCGAGACGAUUGGAAAUCGAGGUCGUCGUGCGGCGUCGGAGAGAAGACGAGGGGUGGAUAAGGGUUCGGUUAGCCUCAGAUUCAGCGCGAUGUGGCUGGGGAGAAAAUAAAAAAAGGGGGAGGAAGGUGCUUGCUGUGGGAGAACGCUUUGGAGGAAGAGACUUAUCUGGCGUGUUAAGCCAAGCCAAAAAUCCAUAUGUAUCACCACAGAUAGAGUCGGCUCUUCCCCCAGAGCUUUCUUUUAAAGGUGCUCCUUCCCCAACCCUGAGCCAAAGAUGGAUUGCGAUCUGCGUGCUUGAUAUGCAGGGUGGACAGUGUAGACUUGAAUGUUCCUUUAAAAUUCAUAACGGCAAUGGAGGUGCUAAAAAUCCACAUCUUUAUAACUGGAGAUCUGUUUCACUAGUCGCUGUUUAACUAUCCAGUCACGUGGAUUAGUUAGAAUGUUUUCUUCUUUUUCAGCAAAGCCACACAGACACCUGACAUAAGACAAACAGCAUUAAAAUGCCUUUUAAAAAAGUGUUUUAUAUGUAUUAUGAACUGUAUUAGUCAUAGUUGCACAAUAACCUUCCUUUAUUUGAAAUGACUGGAGCUUCUUACAUUUUUUUACAUUUAUUUUAAUGCUUGUGAUAAUUCCAGAGCACUAACAACUUUUGAUGACUCUGUAUAAUAUGUUGUAAAGAGAACGUAAAUAAAAAAAAUUAAAGCCCCAAAGCGCGGCU